AUGGAGAGCUGGAGCCCACAAGUGCUAAUUCAGAAAUCUCAGGAGGCCAAAACUCUGGCGUUCUGUCCUUACAGCAAUUUCAGAGUGGGAGCAGCUGUCUUAACAAGCGAUGGAAAUGUCUUCACAGGUUGUAGUGUAGAGAAUGCAUGCUAUAGUCUUGCAAUGUGCGCUGAGAGGACUGCUAUCUGCAAAGCUGUGUCUGAGGGAUACACAGCCUUCAAAGCCAUCGCAAUUGCCAGUGAUCUUGAGGAUCGCUUUAUUUCUCCAUGUGGAGCAUGUAGGCAGGUCAUGAGAGAGUUUGGCUUACAGUGGGAUGUUUAUCUGUCAAAGACUGACGGGGGACAAAAAAAUUAG